AUGGCAAAGCUGACAAGCCAUUAUGCUCCGUCUCCGUCCAAGAUAGCCCGCAGGCACGCUUUUCACCAGCGGAGCCAAGCUGAGGGGGAGUCCGUCAGCGCCUACGUUGCAGCGUUACGAUCGGCCGCUCUCCACUGCGAGUUCCGGGACUUGGACAAGGCCCUCCUUGACCGCCUCGUGUGUGGCCUGAGAGACCUCAAGCUGCAGAAGCGACUACUAACCAAAACAGAUCUCUCCUUUCAAACUGCCUUCGAUGAGGUUCGGGCGUCCGAAAUGGCUGCAGCAUCCUUAGCCACAAUCGCGAAGAGUCGGUCUGCCACAGCAGCACAGCCGGCCAAUACAUUCAACACACCUACCGGCCUCCUAGAUUCUGAAAGUGAGGACUCGGAGUAUGAGAACUCUGAGGAGGACAUUAACCGCCUUCACGAGGCGAACAAAAAGAGCGUUCCGCAGAGGAAGGGCGACCCUAAAUCUGCAUGUGUUGGUUGCGGAGGCAACCACGAGAGAGCUGAGUGCAGAUUUAGGCAAGCCCUCUGCCAGCGAUGUGGCAGGAAGGGCCACAUCGCUCGGGUGUGCCGAGCCGCGCAGCCCAUGUCCUCCUCUGAAUUCCAAACCGAUCGGUCUCGACAACCGAGGAACCGAAAUAGUGGCCCCAAGAAGGCCAGGAUGGACUGUCACGCCAUCCUCCGAAAUGCCACCCAGGAUCUCUCCUGCCACCAGCUCCAGAAAAAGAUACAGCUAACAGUUACCGUGGAAGGAAAGCCCUGCGAGAUGGAGUUAGACACCGGAUCCACAACUUCCAUCGUGUCCUGGAGCACGGUUAAGCGCCUGCUGCCACAGCUGUCAAAACGCCAAUUACAAGACUGUAAUCUGACGUUAAGAGACUAUCAGGGCAACCUGAUUCCAGUAAUUGGCACCCGCAAAGUCAGAGUGCAGUUCAAGGGGUUCGACGGCUGGUUACCCCUCAUCAUAGUGGAAGGCCGGUUGCCUAGCCUUCUCGGCCUCGAUUGGUUCCAGUCCCUAGGCCUGCAGAUCAGCGGAAUCCACCAUCUAAGCGAGUCAGCUCUUGAUUGCCUAGUAGCAGAGUUCCCUGCGGUGUUUGAUGGCUCACUAGGCAAAUACACUGGCACACCCGUGUCUUUCAACCUCGACCCGUCAGUCCAGCCGGUGCGAAUGAAGCCUCGCCGAGUACCCAUCGCACUCAAACCAAAAGUGGACGCUGAAUUGGACAGGCUGGUGGCUCAAGGCGUCCUAGAGCCAGUGGACCAUGCCCGGUGGGAAACACCCAUUGUGUUACCCAUCAAGCCAGAUGGCAGCGUAAGGAUUUGCGCUGACUACCGCUGCUCGAUCAACCGUGCCCUGCCUUCCAACGCGUACCCGGUGCCAGUGGUCCAGCAUUUGCUGCACACCUUGGGCGAGGGGACUGUUUUCGCGAAGCUCGACCUCGCACAAGCUUAUCAACAGCUGGUGGUGGACGAUGAAGCAGCGGAAGCCCAGACAAUCAUCACACACCGGGGCGCUUUCCGUUGCCGCAGAUUGCAGUUUGGGGUCAGCAUCGCCCCAGGACUGUUCCAGAGUUUGAUGGAGCGGCUGCUCCAAGGACUCAGAGGCGUCGUUCCCUAUUUUGACGACGUCCUCGUGUCAGCCACCUCCAUGGAUGAACUAAUGGCCCGGUUGCGCUUAGUCCUCCAACGUUUCCAACAAGUGGGACUUAAGGUCAAGAGAGAUAAGUGCCAGGUUGCGGUAGCCCAGAUAGAAUUCCUUGGUUUCCUCAUUGAUGGCAGUGGCAUCCACCCCACGGCUGCCAAGACCAAAGCCAUCGUGGAGGCCCCUGCCCCCACUAACAGAGCUGAAGAAGCAUCCGCUUUCCUAGCUGUCAAGCACCUCCUCAUCUCCAGCGAUUUUCUAGUACAAUACAGCGAGCACUUGCCUCUCGUACUCGCUUGUGAUGCUUCCCCCUAUGGGGUGGGCGCCGUCCUUUGCCACCAGUUACCCAGCAGAGCAGAGGUGCCAGUUGCCUAUUUUUCACGCACGCUCUCUGCCUCUGAACGUAACUAUGCUCAAAUUGAUAAAGAGGCUCUUGCCAUUGUGGCUGGGGUGCGCCGGUUCCACCAUUACUUGUACGGCCGCCCGUUUCAAAUUGUCACCGAUCACAAGCCCCUACUCGGGUUGCUGGCCGGAGAUUGCCCUGCCCCUCAGGUUCUCUCCCCACGCAUGACCCGCUGGUUUGUUUUCCUCGCGUCCUACGACUACCAGUUGCACCACCGACCGGGGAAGCAGAUCGCCCACGCCGACGCCCUCAGCCCGAGGGUGGCCGAAAGACCCCGUUAUCCCGUUUACCUUCCCUUCAAAUCACGCCUGGCGGAGCUAUCCGUUCAGCGCGGCUGUUUACUGUGGGGCCAUAGGGUUGUCGUACCGGCCUCACUGAGGACUACCGUCCUGCGGCAGCUGCAUCACGCUCACCCAGGAAUUGUUAGGAUGAAGGCCCUAGGUAGGAGCUACGUUUGGUGGCCCAAGCUGGACCAAGACAUAGCCGACCAUGUCGCCGGCUGCCCGCAAUGCCAGGGCGCCCAGGCACUGCCGCCUAAAGCCGAGCCGCGAACGUGGGAGCCUCCAUCCACUCCAUGGUCCCGAAUCCACGUUGACUUUGCAGGCCCCAUUCACGGCCGUAUGCUCUUUAUUGCUGUGGACGCCUUCUCAAAAUGGGUCGAGGUCGUCCACAUGUCCUCCACCACAGCAGACGCGCUAAUCGCAACCCUUUUUGCAACCCAUGGCCUACCCGACGUGUUGGUGUCCGAUAACGGGCCUCAACUAACAGCGACCAAGUUUGAGGCGUUCCUUGCUUCCCAGGGCAUCCAACAUGCCCUCACCUCCCCUUUCCACCCCGCUAGCAAUGGCUUGGCGGAGCGCGCUGUUCGCUCCGUCAAAGAGGCUCUCUCCAAAUUGGACCACCUUCCCUGGCAGGAACGCAUUGACGCCUUCUUGCUAGCCCAACACUCCACUCCCUCGCCAGAGUCGAACACGAGCCCAGCCGAGCGUCUCAUGGGACGGAGGUUGCAUACAACCCUGGACCGUUUGCACCCUGCCUAUUCCGCUCCGACACCAGUGGAUUCCCAGGGAGGGUCCCGCUCCUUCGUCCAGGGGGAGGCAGUGUAUGCCUGGAAUUAUGUAGGACAUCCCUUGUGGCUACCGGGCAUAAUAACUGACCAGACCGGGCCCUGCUCCUACAGGGUCAGACUCCUCAACGGCAGAGUCUGGAAACGCCACUGCGACCAGUUGCGGAGCAGGCACCAACCCCCAACAAGCCAGCAGCAGUCAACCGACCUGCCAACACUGACGGCUCCGACGGACGACGCCGGGCACAGAAACGAGGAGGCCAACAGAGAACAAGCAGCCGGAGCCCCAAACCGAAGCGGCGACUUACUUGGUGGGCCAGCACAGUCCUUCGCUCUUCGGCGGCCCGGGCGACCUCCAUCCUCAGAUGCAGAGUCCUUGGGCGAACAACCAGAGCCUCCAAGCGGUGCAGAAGGGCCUAGGGCAUCCGGCCGCAUCAGGCGGCGUCCAGCAUAUUUACAAGACUACGCCUGCGCGAACUUAGGGGGGAGGAGUGUUGUAUUCUGA